AUGAUUAUUGAUUUGUAUCCUCAUGCAUUCCAAAACGUCAUCCUGGUGACGGAAUGGAGUCAAAAUGGCUUGAGUGCGACUAUUGUUCGUCGUGCUCUAGCUCGAGGUCAGUCAGUGCGCUACCUGGUACCGGAUGCCGUCUUGGAGGAGAUAUACGCCCGAGGACUCUACGGAGCUUCCAGACCUUCACGUCCUAGUUUUCUGCUUCUCGUUCCUCCAUCAACAUCGGCGCCCGAAACCACGUCACCACCGGCAUUGGUGCAAACGCAAAAGCAGGUGGCACUGCCAAAGACAUUACUGGAACCCAAGUCGCCGAAAUCAGCGGAGGAUGUCGAGGGAGAAUGCACCCAACAACUACGGCAUCCUACUUGUGUUCGAGUUCCAUUAGAUUCACAGCAUGCGAAAGCCGGUUGUGAUAGGGUGCUCGGGUCUCGAAUGCAAACAGACAAUUGCAAUGUCUGCGGUGGGGAUAACAGUACCUGUUAUGCGGUCAGCGGCAAUUUCCAGCACAAUGACGCUCUUGCACCAGGGGCUAAACCAGUUGGUUCCUCGGCUUGA